GAGGGGAAAUGAUUCAUUCCGUUGUGCGGCCGGCGGCGCUGGUUUGUGUCUUGUUUUUUGCCGCUAGAUGGCAGAAGAAGUCCAGUUUUCUAGGGGAUUAACGGGCUCGUAAGGGCUAUCGUGCUGCAGCAUUGUUAUUUUGUAAUAUAACAUCAAGUAUAAACCAUGAGAUGGCAUUAAAAGGCAAAGCGGUCGACUCGAAGACCGUGCUCUUCAAUCUGCUGCUAUGCCUGGUCAUAUUUUACUCUCUUUUCUACAUGAUUGGGAGUGUGUGCUUCGGUGCCUUCAGGCUGAAUCACUUUGACGGACUGAUUCCAUUUGACUUUAAGACCGAACCUGCUGAAUCUAACUCCAAAUACUUGGUGAACCUCCUGUCCUUGGAGCUCACCUACUUUUGCAGCGGCCUUUUGUUUGCUGCAGUGGUGAGGAGACGGGUGUGGGACUACGCCCUCACCAUCACAAUUCUGCAUGUAAUGAUCACCAGCCUAGUGAUGUUGGAGUUUCCCACGGUUUGGCAGUGGUGGCUGGCUUUAGGUAGCGGCUUGUUUCUGAUGAUCUGCAACGGUCAGCUGAUAGCUUACUUCACCUGCCAAAGUGACCAGAGCUACGCGUCCUUCAGCUUCUACUGACUGACAGGAAGCUACUCUGUGUAUAAACAGUUUCAUAAACAGUCUUGUGACAUGAGGUGGAAAGGAUCAGACCAGAUUCUCUCAAUAUGGAGACACCCGGGCUUUUUGUAUUUGUCACUAACCGACACAUGCAAUGCUAGAGCUAGGUCCACUUUGAGUUUAACAGUUGCCAACAGACUGGCAUCCUAUUGUUUUUUAUAAAUGCCACAAGAAGAUGUUCUGUAUUUUGCCUUGUACAGGGUUUUAAGGCACCCUGUAAAGUAAUAUCAGUAACUUUUAUAAGCUGUGAAUGUAAUAGCAGAACGGGAAAGCUGCAAUAUGUUUGUUGUAUAUUUCAAAGACAUUAAUGUAAAGUGU